AUGUCCGGCACAGCCCCCAACGACCCCUCACCCGGCGGCCACGCCGGCGACCGCGGCCUCGAGCAGACGCGUCUCGACGGGAAUCAGCACGGCCAAGCGCAGAAUCUCAUCGACGAGACCAAGGAUACCCAUGGCACGACCGUGGACCGCGACGUCGGCGCGGCGAUCGACGCCACGAAAUCCACAGACCCCGCCGCGGGGGGUUUGUCGUCGAAAGUGGAUGACAUUUUGAGCAAGACUUCUGCUGUUGCGGGCGGCAGUGGCGGAGGUGGCGGCGGUGGUGGUAGUAAGGCGACGGCGGCGACGGAGAGGGGGUUCCGGGUCGGGGAGGAGGCGGAUUUGCAUGGGUUGGCGAGUAGCAAGCAGCCGUGA